UUGGACAGAACGUAAACUCAAUCAAGCAGAGCUAGCUGAAAGGCGAACUGAAACUGAAACACACAAUUGAAAUAAACGCCUGCCGGCCGUUUGGAAGCUUUUGAGAAGAAUUCGAGAAAACGGAACAUAAAGAGAACUGAUAAUUGUGCCAGGCGAAAAGCACGCCACGCUAACAACGUGUUGCGACUGUGGCGUGCAGGAAGGUUAUUCAACUCAAGGCGUUAGCUUUCCGAAGAACACAAGAUUUCGUAACCCUUGUGAGCCAUCAAAAUGAGCACUCUACGCAUUUGCAAGGCCAUGUCCCUGCAUCCCCGCGCAAACAUAGCGACUUCUGAUGCAGAACAGGCAGCUAAUGCCAGCUCGAGGAUAUGUCUAAUGGGCUGCGAGGCGAGCCCAGCGGAGCUGCGACGCUUUCCAGUCCACGAUACGAGUCGCUGCAACUAUUGGCUGAGGCACUUCGGAGUGAGCGACCAACUGGUGGAGGAACUUGGCGGACUGAAAAAGCUGCGCAUCUGCUUCAGACACUUCAGCCAGCGCAAGGCAAUGGCCAAGACGCGCAUCAAGACGACGCCGCUGCGUAUAUCCAAGCCAAACAAAAUAGCAACAGAAGCGACAACAACAACAACAACAACAGAAGCAAUAACAGCAGCAAUAACAGCAGCAACAACAGGGACAGCAUCUGCUAAGCCCAUGGCAGACAGCACAACAAUUGAACUGGUCGAUAGCUCCAGUGGGAACGGGCAUGCACUGAAACAGGGCACGCAGGAGCAGUCGGUGACCACGAUAACACCCGUACCGCAGCGCUCCCACUCGAUAUGCUCAUCCUCGUCCGUCUCCAGCGAUGUGCAGUCCAUCAGCUCGGACUAUGAGGCCAGCAUGCCGCUGUCCGCUUUGGUGGAUGCACACGCCCAGCACGGCACAGGCAAAGCAACGAAUGGGCUGGCCAAGAAGCGCAAGCUGUAUUUGAUAACGGAGAAGGCGGAUGAAAAGAAUGGCAGCAACCUGGCCAACGGGCAGAAGCGCAAAAUGUUUGUGGUCGUGGAGCAGGAGAAGGAUACGGCUGCCAAGAAACUAAUGAUUGUUACGGACAAACCACAAGCGAAUCUCACACAGCACUUGGAGAAAUUCCUGCCGGAGAUUCUCAGCUGCAUACAGGGCAAGGAGCAGCAGGCACAGGCGAAGGUCAAGCACCCCCUGAUCAAGCAUCAGGCGGUCAAGCAGGAGCCGCUUCCAGUGAAACCAGCGCUUCCAAUCAUUCAGAAGCCGCACAUAACGCUUCCGCCCAAGAAGAAUCCCACGAACUUUGUCAAGCUGGAAGGCUCGCCCGGCAUUACAUUACCUGCCAGCGUGUCCAUUGUGCCCGUGGAGCCAGUCAAGGAGUCGCCGCCGCCGCUGGAGACGGAGACCAACAUAAAUCUGUCGCCCGACUUUCGGUUUCUUAUGAAGAUAUUGCCCAAACUGGAGCAGCUGCCCGAACCGCACAAACAGCACGUCAAGCGUUCCAUACAGAUCUUUGUGGAGGAGAGCUACAGCCAUUAUGGCAAGAAGGAGUAGCACGUAGCACAGCUAGCGGAAAUUAUCACUUAUCAUUUUAGAGUUUCCUUAUAAGUUCCCCCGAGGGCAAUUUUAUAAAACAAUUUUAUAUUCGUUGUCGAAGACUGAUGCAAAACGUAACAUACAUACAUAUAUAUAUUUUUAAUGCACCGCCGCGCUGGUGCAGACCCUAAAUUAUUAAGAUGCAACUUUUUAAGAGCCCGUUCGAAUGAGACUGGGCGUACCAUUUAUAUUUGUAGCCAUAAAGAAAUAAUUGAAUUCUCAACAAUGAAAAACAUAGUUUAAGCACUGAAUAUAUGUGAGCUUUUAAGCUAA